AAUACUCAGUCACUCAUAGACUCAUUGAUUGAAUGCAAAACACUAUUAGGUUUUGACAUUCAAAUCAAGACUUGAGAUGACAUUCGUGUCCAUUGAUUGACUGUUAUGAGUGAUCCAAGAAGUGAUUCGAGUGAAGACAUCUCGAUAUAUGAAACACCCGUCACAUCGCCAGUCAAUGAGUCGCUGAUUGAUUCGUCUCUUUUUGACAGUCAGUCCGUCGAUCUGUUGGACUCAUUGCGCGCUUCGGCCGCCACUGACUCGACAAUCCGUCCAUCUCUUUAUAAUUUAUAUAGCAAUACAUUAAACGAGUCGUCAAUGUGGCAGACAAGACAAAUGGUGACCUCAAAUGAUCGGUUGGACACAAAUCGGUUGACCGGUUAUCAGCUGUUAAUGAGAUAUCUGAUGGAACUGGAGAACGACCACUUGGAAGUGAUUGGCAUUGAACAACAAAUGCAAACAUUGAGUCUUAAGUGUCGCACAAUUAGGGAAAAUAUGACCACAAAAACCAAUUCAAUUAAAACUAUUAUCACUGAAAUGUCAUACAAACCGAAACAAACUACACAAAAGCAAACACAAACUGAAGAUAUCAGUGAUUAUGAAAUUAGUUUACAAAACUGUUUAUCUAAUAAUAAAACAAUUGACACAAAACCAAUCAUUUCGGUGAUAUCUUCAGCAUCUGAACGUAAAAUUCGUGUUAAGAGUGAUUCUCAAUCGGAAAGUCAAUUGUCUUCAAUACAGUCUCUUAGAGGAUUAUCCGAACGUACGAAACAAUCCUUACAUCGCUUACCCGCUCUGGUCAAAGGUUAUCUUACCCGAAGACUUAUGAAAACAGAAAAAGUUUUACAAAUUAUCGAAACAAUCAAAGAGACGACACAACUGCUGACCACUUAUCGCAAUUUAUCAACGAAUAGAAAGAUUACCGCCGAAGAUAUUAGUUUACACAAGAGAUUGAUUAUUCAAUUAGAGAACAGUUGUCAUGACUUUUAUGAUAUAUUCUUUAAUUAUCCCAAAUCGGCACAAAUGGCACUAAUUAGUCAAUCGCGACAACACAUUCUCGAUCGACAUUUCCGUAUGUCAUCUGUUUUAUCAAAUUCUACGAAUAAAUCUCAACAGAGCUUUCGUGUGUCUUCAGUGACUAAAAAAGUUUUGGAAAGAAAGACAAAAAAGAUGAAAACAGACUCUAUUUCUUCAAAAUCAAGUUCUGCUCACAAAUAGUAUUAUAAUUCAAAGUAUGGUAUGUUUUAUGGUUACCGGUAACAAUAAAUAUCGGUAAUAAAGAAAUUAUCGGAUCUUAAUCGUCAACUAAAUUUUAUUUACCGGUAAUUUUAUUCAAUACAUAUCAACAUUUUGUGCCAAUCGAUCU